AUACAAGAAGAUUCAGCAUUUUCAUUUACAUUGCCAAACAUAUCAUGCAAAAUUAAAUACAAUCCUUAUCUCUACAAAAUUGCAUACUAUAGCCAUCAAAAGAACAUCAUAAAUAUCCCACCUCCGCCAUUGGCUAGCAUCAGCAACACGACAACUUCAGCUUUCGCUCCUCCUAAUAGCAACUACCCUCAACAAAACCCUGUCCGGAAUUCAUUCACAAACAUGCCUCAAUGUCAGGAACUGAGGAUAGAGCAGCACCCUCAUAUUCUUUCUCUACACUACAUCUGA